AUGCCGAAGCGGGAACAGCGUCUGGACCAGGAGCCCAGCUCACAAACGCCCGCUCAAAGGGCUGAUCUUGAGCGGCUUCGAGCGUAUGAGCUACACGACCGCCGACCAUGGCCGACCCUGCCAGCCAAUGAUGCCCCGGAGGCCUUGACUGACCCAAUCCUGCAACAGGAGCAUAUGGAUUUGGAUCCAGCACAGGAUUUUACAUUCGCCAUCCUCACGACAGGCUACAAAGUAGAGACGGUAACCCUUACCCUCUCAGCCCCUGUAGAUGUGGCGGACGCGUUAGCGCUUCUCAAUGAUGAACGCGACCAGGUACACGCAAGGCUGUUUCCAAGGCUCCUCGACGUGCGGCCUAUGCCAUCGCCGCAUUUUGGCUUGGUCCUUGCUACGCCAGCAUGGUCUGAUGCAGAUGUUUGCUUGUGCAUAGAUCUUCAGGAGAUCGAUGGGCGCCUCUACGCAGACUUAGGACCUGCCCAUGCCACACGUGCCACCUUGCUACAGUUCGUUGGUUUCAGAGCCGAAGAUCCCAUCGACGUGUAUGUCGGUGCGAGCCCGGAUCCCCUGCCUCCACAUGAGCAGGCGGAGCUGCAUCAAGGAAUGUGCCUGUUCUUCACUCCCCAACACGCCCUACCGGGGGCGUAUUACCACCUUGCCGACAUACUUUUAUCGGCAGAUUCAUGGCACGACCAUCCAUACGUGCCACGUGGUCCUGACUCGCCCUGCAUGUGCGUCGUCACGGACAAGGGUCAUCAAUUCUUCUGCUUCGACAACGAGGAGGCCUACGGUAGCUUGCAGGUGCUAUCCCGGGCUUUUUCCAUACCCAUGGAGCAUAUCACAGUCCAGCCAGCUGUGCCAUCGGUACACGACGCUGCCAUACAAGGUCGCCCCUGCCGGAGUGUCUGUGCCGUGUCGGGCUUGAUUUUCGGACGUGAGGAGUCAGACGGUACAAAUCCCUGCACCCCUAUCCUUGGCAUAGUAGACUGCAGAGCAAUGCAUCAAGGAUGGGACCUCCUUGCUGAGCCGGACGGAAAACGUCCUUAUGCUGAAUUUCGCUCGGUCCUCGAGACAUUUGCCCCUCCCAGCUGGGAGCUGCAUAUAGAAUGGCCAACCCUAGAGGACGGAAUUCUCUGCUUUCAGCCCGGCACUCUUCUAUAUGCUUCGUAUGUCCUGCAGAGACGCGCACUCCCUCUUGAGGCCGACACGGAACACGCAGAUACCGAAACCUCCGAAGUGGUAUCUUCAGAUGAAGAUGCUGCCAUGGAGCCACCAGAAACGGACCGACAGCUCACACCCGACAGUGCAGACCUGUCGGCUACUAGUUCCAGCACAUCGCGCAGUCGACCCUCCAGACGCGGCGGCCCUGCCGGCGGCCCUGCUGGGCCACCACCUCCAAUCCCGGUAAACAGCCCGGGAAGGGGUGUGGGAGGACCCACCUUCACCGCAGUUUUCCUCCUGCUCACGCCAGAGUAUACGCCUGAACGAGUGUCAGUUCAAUUGCCCGAACAGAGCCAUUUUGCAGUUGCACUGGACAGGAUCCAGCAGGCCCGCGCAGCCACCCGCCGUGGCUACCAUCCACGAUUGGAACCUGUGGUCGACCAACCCCUUGCGGGCUGCAUCCUCCUGCUUGCGCUGCCAGCAUGGACGACUGAUCUGUACGUAGCCUUCAACUGUGCGCAAGUGAAUGGCAGUGUCUUUUGUGUGCACGUCCCACACAGGACGGAUCGCACAACGCUGCUAGCCCAUGCAGGGUUUGCAUCUACUGAGCAGCUUGAUGUCUACGUGCCAGGAUUACUGGGACCCCUGCAGCCUCACGAGGUUAUCACCCUGCAGAUAGGUAGCUGUGUCUCCCUGCUGCCGCAAGGAGCAGGUAUCUUGAUUGUGUCCAGCUCACAAGACAGACUGCAGGACCCAAAUGGGUGGGAACCCCAUGCCCUGCCGCCCGUUGUCGCCGGAGCCUGGCUGCACGUGAUGACGGACGAAGGUUCCCAUAGACUUCACAUGCCAGCGGAGGGCCGGCGCUUUCUCAGACAAGAGCUUGGGCACCAUCUCGGCCUUCCUGCCACUUACCACUUGCAGCCAGCACGCCCUCCGUUGGAGGACUCCUGCGAUCGAGGCAUACCAGCAGACAACGUCUACAUUGCAUCGGCAGACGCCCGCCUUGAGCACCCCACAACAAACGGCGAAGCUGUGAUGUUCAUUUUGGAUGCCAGGCCAAUACUUUGCGGCAUCACUUGGGGUUUUGCUCACGAAGGGAUUGUCAAUGAGAGGGCCGUUCUCGACAAAUGCAACCUCCAUCGCCCAGAGGGAUACCAGGCAUGCCUCAUAGGGGGCAGACGUGACCUGUUUGGCCAGCUCAGGGUCGGUGCAGGAGAAGCCAUUACUGUCUUCUUUGCCAUAACCUUUCGCACGGAUGUUGGUGACAAUUAUGACGAAGAAUAUGCCCUGCGCCGUCCGGGCACCACCCCCGGCAAUCAGCCACACCAGCGAGGGCUGCAGCCUCCGACUCCAGGUGGGACCGCCACAGAUGCGCCUCUCCCAGCGGACAUCCAGCCGGAGGGACGGCCGCGGCAACAUGGCCAGCACCAUGUCCAGAGGCACCAUCACCCACACAGAGACGUCCUGCACAAAGACAGGCCGGCCGGUCUCGCUAUAUUCCUCAGUUGGCUCAUUGGCGCCGUGCUCGUCCAACCUGGGACAGCAAUGCAAAUGCACCACGAGACCCAAGUGCACUUAAGUCUGCCUCCGGGCCUCCCCCAUGGCUCAUCACAGGACUGCCUCUCACAGACACAAGCCUUUUGCCGUGCCGAGUGCAGCCCACAAAGUGUGCAAACAGAGGGUGCCCAUACCCUUCAUAUCGGCCGGCCGUUGCCGACACCCUGCCGAGCACUGCCCAUGCAGCCUAGGGCCGACAUGGAACGGCCUGAGCCGGAUGCGGUAGCCAAUGCCGCAGAACAAGUUGGUCCAACUCUCCUGGAAGAGGCAUGCCACCAAACUAGCCCCAGUCCUAUGUGGGUUGCAGCCACCCUGCUUGAAACCCUCCAGGAGCACUUCCAACCUCCUGCCGACGAACAGGAUGCCACAACUCCGACAUGCAAGGCCGAGACCAAGCCUGCUCCGCUACCACUUAGUCUAGCUGACGCUGUGCCAGCAAGUCCCUUCCAGCAGGAAGUGCAGCAGCUCCAACAAAUCCUGCCACAACCACCGGCACAUCGAGGUACGGCGGUAGCAUUGCGCCAGUCAGACUGGCUUGACAAUGACCUUAGCAUGCCUCUGGCACAAUCUGAUAUCCCGACAGAUCUGCGCGAUAAAAUCGCUCGCAUGCCCAGGUGGCACACCCACCCGCUAGCGGAACAGGUCACCAAACUGCUAGUCUACACAGAUGGCUCGGCAACACCAGACAAAGAGAAACCCGGUGCUGAUAUCCGGCCGGCAGCAUGGGCAUUCGCGGUUUGGGCGGUAAUUGGGGACCUCCACCUUUUUGUGGGUUACAGUGCGCAGCCAACCAUGCACACUGAUUCCCCCUUUUAUGUGGGCGAACACAGCGACACGCCGCUAGAAGCUGAGCUUCUUGCGCUGGUCUGGGCCCUCGUGUGGACGUGGGAUUCAGGGUUGACCUUCGGCCUAGAUAUAGAAAUUAGGUAUGAUUGCACUGCAGCCGGAGCGGGCACCUUUGCCGCUGCCAAACAGGUUCGACACCCUAGUGUCGAUGGACACAUGGAACUGCCAGCCUUUGCUGGCGCCCUCCGCCAGGCCGUCGAAACACAUGUGCCCAUUGUCCACACUCAUGUGAAAGGACAUUCCGGCGAGCUCGGAAACGAGCUAUGCGAUAUCCUUUCCCGAUGGGCUAGAAAUCUGUGCAGAGAGUGGCAGCAGAUCUGCCUGCCUUCUUGGCCAGCCUGUCUUCGUCAGCACCGCCUCUGCCCGUGGUGCUGGAUGGCAGUGAGUUCAAAACACGAUUUGCCCGCCCUAGAGGCCCUGGAAACGGAGGCAAAUCGGCUGCAGCGACUGCCACAGGAUGCUCUCCCACCCACAGCUUGCCACAAAGGGGGACCGAUCAGGACUGCUCAUGUCAAGUUCAGAUUCACAGCCAUGACCUUCAAUGUACUUACGAUGUUCGACCCCACGGCACCCCACGGCAAGGAUGCCAGGACUCAGAAUCUUGGCUUCCUCAUCACGGGCAAGAAAUGCCUCAUCAAACAACAGCUCUCGGCACACGCUGUGCUCUUGGCUGGUUUCCAAGAAACGCGACUACCCACUACCGGGGUGCUUCCAGAUGAGGACUUCCUAAUUCUCAGUGCGGAGGCUGACCACAGAGGACAUGGUGGCUGUGCCCUCUGGAUUAACCUCCGAGUGCCACUUGCAACGGCAGCCGGCACCUCACAUCAUGUUCGAAGAAAUCAGGUCACAGUGACUGCGACUUCCCCGCGCCACCUCCAAGCCCUGAUCGAAACACCACACAUCAACCUCGUUGUGUUGGUGCUGCACGCGCCUCGCAUUGCGCAGGCAGGUGAAGCUGAGGUUCGGGCCUUUUGGCAGCAGCGAGCGGCCGAUCUUCUCGCUCGACCUACAUGUGCGGAGUACCUAGUACUCAUGGAUGCCAAUGCACACCUUGGCACGAUCACUACAGAAGCAGUUGCCGACCACGGGGCCGAGGAGGAGAAUGCCGAAGGGGAGUUUUGCCACGACUUUCUACUGGCCAUUCAAGGGCUCUUGCCCUCAACGCUUUCACAUGUCCAUGGUGGUCAACAUUGGACAUGGACCACUGCUCCACCAGCAGCUACCAAGCACAGGAUUGAUUACGUGGUCACUCCCCAAAACUGGGAGCCCUUCCUGCAGGCAAGCUGGGUAUGGCACACUUUCGAGGCCCUUCAUACCCGACAAGACCACCUGCCCGUCUGUUUAACAGUUGCCUUUGAGCACAACGUCCCCAGCUACUAUGAGCCACGGCGUGCGCAAGCUACAUGUCGACCCAGUCUCGCUCGCACACCUGAAGAUGCGCUUGCCAGACGCACUGCACUCACCACGAUGCCGGAAGUUCCGUGGAACACCGCAGUCGACACCCACAGCGAUAUAUGGACCCAAGCCAUGCGUCGUGUUGCUACUGCCUUUCACCCUCAGCACACCCGGCCGCCCACACAGUCGUAUCUCCAGCCUGAUACCGUGGCCUUGGUUCAUAGACGCACAGCGCUCCGGGAAUACCUGCGUCAGGAAGAGGCAGAACUCAACCGAAGGCACCUCCUCAUCUCCUUCGCAGCGUUAGUGCAUGCAACUCGAGGUGUUCCUCUCACACCCCAUGCACAACAGGUCGCAGCAACGUGGAUGCAGCAGAUCGACUACAGCAUCGCAUGGGCGCUUCAGCUACUGAAGGAACACACUACGGCCAUCAGAGCGGCAAUCCGCCGAGAUCGCUGUUCUUACCUGGAGGGGCUCCGAGCCAACAUCACUGUGCAGGACCUGCGACAGCCCAAGCACCUCUACAGAGCGGUCAGAGCUGCCUUCCCUGCGGCAAGAUCUGCUCGGCGAAAGAGCUUUAUGCCACUACCAGCCGUCAGAAUGGAGGAUGGCCAGCUUGCCCCAACUGGCCAAGCCAGACAAGAGAGGUGGACAGCUUUCUUUGCGGAGCAGGAGAGUGGGCGCAUCGUCACGCCUCUUGAAUACACUCAGGCAUUCAAGUGCCCAGACAUUCCUGUCGACACACGAGGAGUCUGUUUUGACGUCCUGGCCGUCCCCACUCUCCACGAUUUGGAACAGCAAAUACUCGGCCUGCGCCUGGGUAAGGCGCCAGGACCGGACGGCCUUACCGCGGAAGCCCUGCGGCUGCAUGCAGCGUCAACUGCGCGCGCCCUGUAUCCACUGUGCCUGAAGACUAGUAUAGGGUUGCGUGAGCCAGUGGACUGGCGCGGAGGGUGCUUGAUUACCCUCGCAAAGCGCGCCGCUGCGGCGCUGGAGUGCACUGCCUUCCGUUCCAUCCUCCUCGCCAAUGUGACAGCCAAGCUGCAGCACCGGCUGCUGCGCAAUAAGUUGCUUCCGCCGUUCGGGGAUUACAAGCCAGAGGCUCAAGCCGGACAACUGCCGGGAAUGGGAGUAGAUGCCGUAGGACUUACUGUCCGAGCAUAUCAAGUAUGGGCACGCCAUCGCAAGCAACCUGCCGCGGUGGCCUUCUUCGAUUUGAAGUCGGCGUUCUACCGCAUCAUAAGGCAAACCCUUGUCCCCACCGCACAGGAACCCGACGAUGCAGCCUUUCUUGCCUUGAUCAGGGACCUAGGCGUUCCGCCUGAUGCGGUUCAGGAGCUCGUGCAGCAUCUCAACAGCAUGGCAGUUCUGAGCGAAGCAGAGGUGUCGCCACACCUCAUACAGCAGACCGCUGACCUUUUUCGAGGGUCCUGGUUCAAACUGCAAGGAGACUCCCCCCUCGUUCUGACUCGGCGAGGAACGCGGCCGGGAGAUCCGGCAGCCGACCUGCUGUUUGCCUAUUCGUUUGCUGCCUGCUGCAAAGCCAUCGACCAGGCGCUCGCCGAUAAGGGGCUCGCCACCGCCAUCCCGCUCGUCACAGCACAACCCCCAUGGCACACGUGGGAAGUACCAAGUACGGCGGGCCUGCCAGCCUGGGCAGACGACUUUACGUUUCUGCAGUCUCGACCAACCUCGCCACAACUGUGCCGGGAUACAGUUGCAGCGAUGGAGCUCAUCGCGGGCAUCACUGCGUCUACUGGCAUGCUUCUGUCUUAUGGCGAAGACAAGACCGCGGUUCUGCUGUCCUCAGACUGCAACAGGGACCAGACUAUGGUAUCCCACGAUGCACAAGGUAAGCCCGGUUUCAGCAUUCGCAAUCCCGUCACCAGGCAAGAACACUGGGCACCCAUCGUGGACAGUUACAAACAUCUCGGAACCAUCGCUGUCGCGGGGGCUACCCCUGAUGUGGAAAUCAGGUACAGGCAUGCCCAGGGUUUGUCCACACUCAAGCCGCUACGAAGGAAGCUCUUUUCGGACUCCGGGGUACCGAUUGAGGUUCGCAGAACCCUGCUGAGGGCCCUUGUGAUGGCCAAAUUUGUCUUCUCCAGUGCCAUUCUGCACCUCACGGCCCAGUCCCACAGGCGCACCUGGGCUAGAUGCUAUCUCCUUCUUUGGCGAGGGCUGUUGCGGUGGACACGAGCCGACAAUUCGCCUCACAGUCUGCAUGUCCUAUAUGCAGCCCAGGCGCCUUCUCCCCCGCUCGCACUUGCACAGGCGCGAGCGGUCUUCUUCGCCCGAGCUCUCGCACAAGGGCCCUCUAUCUUACUGCACUUUCUGCAUGUGCAGUGGCGAGAGACACCGGCCACGUCAUGGCUACACCAAUUCACUCAUGACAUACAGGCGGUAGCGAUGUAUGUGCCUGCCGCCCAGCUCCUCGUGCAGGCGGCUUGCCCGGUCACAGCUCUCUGUGAGGUGCUCCAGGACGAGCCCAAUUGGUGGAAGGCCCAAAUCCGGAAGGCCAUCACCGCGUAUCAGCGGGAACUGGAACUAUGGGUCCAGAAGCCGGCAGCCCCUCCCACCUCGCGACAGGAGCCAACUGCCAAUGUUCAUGCCUUUCGCUGUCCGCACUGUCCUGCCACAUUUCCCUUGAGGAAACACUUGGGGGUUCAUUUGGCGCGUAAGCACGGGUAUGUAUCUCCUGUGCGACACUAUGUGGCCGGACCCUACUGCGGAGCCUGUAUGCGGUGGUACCACACUACGGCCAGAGUGCAUAACCACCUCAAACAUGCCAAAGCCUGCAUGAUGCGGCUCCUUCAUGUAAUGCCUCCGUUGACCAUGGCAGAAAUCAAGGAGGUAGAAGCAGCAGAUCGUGCCAUAGGCGCUAAGAUUAAGCGAGGCCAUUGGCAAUCUUACAGGGCAACUCUGCCGCCAGUGCCGUGGUAUGGCCCACGAGCGCCGACGUACAGCGAGGCCACAGCGGGAUUGGAAGAGGGCGAUCUCGACCUGCACCGUAUAGCCCAGCUGUACCGGCCCCAUCCCAGAGAUGUGGACUGGAUGUCGUCGUACUGUGGGGAAGUCACAGUAGAGGGCCCACGCAAGCAGGCCACUGACUUCUGGCUGACUCGCCCUUCUGCACUGCCAGGCCAUGACACAGCAACAACUGUUUCACCCGUUUCUGUGCAGUUUGCAAAUUUUGGGCACGACGAGUCGCGGUACGUCCCCCUCCGCGUGCAGAUUGCCCGACUCAUUGAGGUGAAGAAGUUCACUGCCCUUAUGUCUUUGGAGCAAAGCGCGAGUCUGCUCCACAUGGACUGCUGGGGCAUGAAGAAGCUGUUCUCCACUGCCAUCCGGCGGUGGGGAGUGCAGCUAGGCAACCGGAAGGACCCCGGCGUCGACAGCUUCUACGGCGUGGUUUCGAUGCAUUGGGGAAAGCUGCUCCCAGAUAUCAACAAGGGGCCGCGGAUGCAACUCAUCGACCUCACGACUGAGGCUGGCAAAAGCAACAAGGUGAAGCGGGAGAUUCCGGACGUGAUCAAGAUCGAGGACGAUGAUGAGGAGAACCUCGAGCAGGACGAGUACCAGAAGCUCGAAGGGGAUACCGAAGCGAUCAGCUACGAAGAGCUCCAGCAACGGAUCGACUACUUGAAGGCCUGCUGUGAUGACGGCUACGGAGUGAUUAUCCUGGAUGAGGAGGGCCAGGACGGCGAUGUGUCUACACUUGACACCCAGGUUGUGGAUGCAGAGCAGCUGGACGCGGCUGCGCAUGCUGAGAUGGAGGAUGAGGAGAUUCCUGUUGUAAGUCGUGUCGGUCAGUUUGCACAAAGAGAGGCAAGAAAGAGAAAAAAAAAGGGAGCGGAGAUUACGCAGGAGGGCCCGACCGAGCACUUGGAGCCUGCUCCGGCGACUCCACCAACAAAGACUUCGCCUCUGAAGCUGACAACAAAGCUCGACCACGACUCCGCAAAGCGCUUGCUUCGAUCCGAAAAGGUGAUAGGUUUUCCGGAUGCAACGCAACGAUACCUUUUGGAUGAACUUGAGAAGGAGGCGAAAACCACGCCGAGAUCCAUGUCACCUACGGAUUCCGAGAAGGAGCGUGAAGUGUUGGAGGACACUGUGAGACAGGCUCGACGAGCCUCUUGGCCCGAGGACUAUGCAGAUGUGGAGGAGGAUCAGAAGCAGAAGCCCAAGGCCUCAAAGAGCAACGUGAAGGUGAAAGAUGCACGUUCCUCUGCCUCAUCGCGGCGUGUCCUCGCAAGUGCACGAUCGGCAUGUGAAGAGGAGGAGGAAGAGGAUGGGCCCCAAAGUAGUGGCAAGAAGAGGCCAGGUCACCAGGAAGAGGAGGAAGAGGAUCCGGUAGAGGUGCCAAGGAAAGGAGGAAGCAAGAAGAAGGCAAAGAUCCAGGAAGAGGAGGAGGCGCAGGAUGAAGGGGAUUGGCCAGAGACGCCGAAGUCAGGAGUGAAGAAGAUCCCCGAGGCCACUGCUGGCAAGAAGCGGUCCAAGGCAGAGGAAGAUGAGCAAGAGAACGAGCCCCGAGAGCCAAAGAAGAAGGCAAAGGCAACCGAAGAGGAGGAGGAGGAAGAGGAAGAGGAUUGGCCAGAGUUGCCAAAGAAAGGAGGCAAGAGAGCAAGCGCAGCAAGCAAGAAGGAGGCAAAGGCAGACGAAGAGGAGGAGGAAGAGGAAGAGGCAAAGGCAGACGAAGAGGAGGAGGAGGAAGAGGCAUGGCCAGAGCCGCCAAAGAAAGGAGGUAAGAACGCAAGUGCAGCAAGCAAGAAGAAGGCAAAGGCAAACGAAGAGGAGGAGGAAGAGGAAGAGGGAGGCAAGAGAGCAAGCGCAGCAAGCAAGAAGAAGGCAAAGGCAGACGAAGAGGAGGAGGAAGAGGAAGAGGAUGCGCCAGAGCUGCCAAAGAAAGGAGGUAAGAAAGCAAGCGCAGCAAGCAAGAAGAAGGCAAAGGCAGACGAAGAGGAGGAGGAGGAAGAGGCAUGGCCAGAGCCGCCAAAAAAAGGAGGUAAGAACGCAAGUGCAGCAAGCAAGAAGAAGGCAAAGGCAAACGAAGAGGAGGAGGAAGAGGAAGAGGAUUGGCCAGAGCUGCCAAAGAAAGGAGGCAAGAGAGCAAGCGCAGCAAGCAAGAAGGAGGCAAAGGCAGACGAAGAGGAGGAGGAAGAGGAAGAGGAUGCGCCAGAGCUGCCAAAGAAAGGAGGUAAGAAAGCAAGCGCAGCAAGCAAGAAGAAGGCAAAGGCAGACGAAGAGGAGGAGGAGGAAGAGGCAUGGCCAGAGCCGCCAAAAAAAGGAGGUAAGAACGCAAGUGCAGCAAGCAAGAAGAAGGCAAAGGCAAACGAAGAGGAGGAGGAAGAGGAAGAGGAUUGGCCAGAGCUGCCAAAGAAAGGAGGCAAGAGAGCAAGCGCAGCAAGCAAGAAGGAGGCAAAGGCAGACGAAGAGGAGGAGGAAAAGGAAGAGGAUGGGCCAGAGCCGCCAAAAAAAGGAGGUAAGAAAGCAAACGCAGCAAGCAAGAAGAAGGCAAAGGCAACCGAAGAGGAGGAGGAGGAAGAGGAAGAGGAUGAGCCAGAGCCGCCAAAGAAAGGAGGUAAGAACGCAAGUGCAGCAAGCAAGAAGAAGGCAAAGGCAGACGAAGAGGAGGAGGAAGAGGAUGGGCCAGAGUUGUCCGAAGGAGAUCACUCCGAUCCGGGGGGUGACGUCCAAGAGGUGCCUGACUCAGAGGACGAGCCGAGUGAGCCCGAGGUUUCCAUGGCACGCGCAAAAGGGAAGCCGAAGUCAAAAGCAAAGGCAAAAGCAAAAGGUAAAGCCAAGGCAAAAGCGAAGAGUGCAGCUGGGGGCAAAGGUCCGGGAAAGGGCAAAGCCAAGAAAAAGCCAGGCCGCCCGCCCAAGGAGGAGGGUGAUGGCAAGGUGGUCUUUGCCAGGAGGAGGAUGCCGGACACGAGUCCGGCAUCUUUGCGGUUCCAAGCAAUAGUCAAUGUUUUCAAGUCAGACAUUGUGCCGAAGCUCCGGGAUGCUGAUCUUGCUGUCUCCUGCUGGGAGGAACCGUGGCUGAAUUUGGCUCACCGUGUGUUCCAGAAUGACGAUGACUUUGGUGACGACCUCAGGACCCUGGAGCACUACGAAGCCCAGCUGUUCCCAAGGGUGACAAGGUUCUUGAAGCUUGCGCUGGAUGACAUGACGGUCUGA